AUGGUCGAUAUGCAGCUACAGCGGUAUGACAGACGCGCUUUCGUAUUGCCAACCCUCGCCUCUACACCAACCUUGGCCCCACCACAACCGAUCGUUGUGCUCUCUGCACUCCAUGAGAACAUAGUCUCAGCCCCGUGCUCCCGUGUUCCCAUUUCCAAUGAAAUUGCUCAGCCUGAUUUGAUGACAGAUGUUCGAAAGCUUCGUCAGACAUCUCAACGCAUCUCAUUGCACUGA